AUGGCGGCGUUGGAAUACUCCUCCGCGCCUCUUCACCCAAAGACUGAUGUUACGUACGAACCGCCGGGCGGCACCUGCUUUCACGCUGUGCUUGACAAAACAACAUGGGUCUUGAUCCUCAUGAAUCUGCAUGAGACCGAGGCAAUUUUUGAGGGUCACAUCGCGCGCUUCAUUGGUAUUAUCCCUGAAAGUUUCAUUACUCACAUGUGA